GGGCGCAACGUUAUUUUUUUUUAGAUUCGGUGCAUAACUUUUUUGUGGAUGAAACAAUCUCCAAAAUGGCCGCUUUGCUGCCAGUGAAAAACGAACCACUAGCUCAGGUGAAUGAUGCCAAAGUGAACUAGUUCACUGGUUCACUAGUUCGCGCGGCGAGUGUUUAUUGUUUGUAUUGCCGUCGUCGCAAUUUGUCUCCGUUGCUGUUUAAAAAAUUAUAGUUGAUACCGUAUACCUUCUACUUAUUUUAGUAAAAUGUCCCAAGAAGUUCCCGCUCAAGACACAAAUACCGUGGAUUCAGAGUCGCCUGUGAACCAUAAGAGAAAAGGCUAUCUGCACUGGGAUGACUACUUCAUGGCCACCGCCUUGCUCUCAGCCCAGCGCAGUAAAGAUCCCGUGACCCAAGUUGGAGCUUGCAUCGUGGAUUCCCUGAAUCGGAUAGUGUCCAUCGGCUACAAUGGAUUCCCCCGCAACUGCAGCGACGACGAGUUUCCGUGGUCAAAAUCCCAUUUCUUCUUGGAGGACAAGAAGAUGUACGUGGUGCAUGCGGAGGCCAAUGCGAUCCUUAACAACAACGGCAUGGGUUUAACUGGAACCCGUCUCUAUACCACACUCUUUCCUUGCAACGAAUGCGCCAAACUCAUAAUACAGGCGGGCAUUUCUGAGGUUCUCUUCCUGUCCGACAAGUAUGCCGGUAAGCCCAAGUACGUGGCUUCCAAGAAGAUGCUAGAUGCAGCGGGUGUUGAAUAUACCCGACACCUCCCCCGACAGAAAAAAAUUAUCAUUGAUUUUGACAACGUUUAAACGACCCAAACCCGAAAUAACUCUUGUGAUGCAUUUUUAAAAUUAGUAACUUCAUUUAUAUUAAAAUUGUGAUUAGUUUAGAGUGCAUUUAACGUGGUUCGUUUUAAAUUUGGACAAAUUUCUUAAAAUUUAUUUAAGUAAUACAAAUUAUUUAUAUAUAAUAGCUUACCAAAUUAAGAUCAAAAAAAAAAAUUUUUAACCAAAUCUUAAACAUUAAAGUCACAGACGAAGAAUCAUUUUAAUAUCAAUAAUUUCUUUAAUACUUUCGACACCUGCUCUCUUUUAAUUUUCAACUUUAUUAAAACAAGUGUUUAUUUUUUCAAUUGCUAUUUACUGGAACUCACUUGCACUAAUUGAGUUCGUAUACGUAAACUCUGUCAUGUAAUUCUCUUGGCGUGCACAGGUGUUCACCGGAGACCAAAGUGCGAUUAACGGGUGCUACCUAGGUCAAUGAUGUUUAGCUUGAGGUCCCAACCUUGUACUAAAAGUAUUUAAGUAUAAAACAUUUUUUUUCCAUGUUGUUUCUAAAAUAAAAAUUGUAAUAAAUAUAAAAUAAAGUCUUUUUGAAAAACUGUUGA